CAUCAGGUUGCCUAAGGAGGGGUGAACUGGCCCAGGUUGGAAACGGAGCAGGUCAAAACUCCCGUGCUGAUCAGUAGGGGGAUCGCACCUGUGAAUAGCCACUGCACUCCAGCCUGGGCAACAUAGCAAGACCCCGUCUCAGACCCCAUCUCUUAAAAAAUAGAAAAAAAAAUUAAUAAUAGCCUCUGGCUAGGGACAGCCACUCGCCAGCAGAGGGCACUGUAGGGAGGAGUUUCAAGGUGCAGCACCUAUACCUAGGUUGUCUCCCUCCCUCCCUCCUUCCUUCCAGACCUAGACUGGCAAGUUCACUGACUUGUGGGAUCCUCUAGCUACUCCCUUACCUGGGCUGGACUUUGCCAAUAGAUAGGGACACUCUCCCUCACCCCUCUUUAGGGUGGCUGGGAGGCAGGACUCUGCCAGGAAAUGCCAGGCCACUCCUGCCUGGAUUCCCCGCCCACUUCCACCUGUCUCCUGGCCUGCUGACUGGGUCUGGCUGACCUCUUUCUAGAGAAGGAACUGGACCAGCCAGCAGCCUCUAAGAGUACCUAGACGGUAAGGCCUUUGGCUUUGGCUGGCCCGGGGUGAAGGAGAGCCGGCAGCAUUGAGUGACCACGUGAAUGUGCCCCCAGGAGAGUUCGUUCCAACCCUCCCAGUUCCUAUUGCUGGUGGGGGUCCCAGUGGCAAGUGUCCUUCUUCUGGCCCAGUGCCUUCGAUGGCACUGUCCUAGAAGGCUGCUGCAGGCCUGCUGGAUGCCAAAUGGUCAAGAGGAACCAGUGUCCCAGCCUACCCCCCCACCAGAAGACGAGGUCUCAAGGCAGCACCUGCCAGCCACACUGCCAGAGUUGGCUGCCUUCUACCAGGAGCUGCACACGCCCACUCAAGGCCAGACCGUGGUCCGCCAGCUGAUGCACAAACUGUUGGUAUUUUCGGCUCGAGAGGUGGAUCACCGUGGUGGUUGCCUGAUGCUCCAGGAUACAGGCAUCUCCUUGCUUAUCCCGCCAGGUGCUGUGGCUGUGGGCCGCCAGGAGCGGGUGUCUUUGAUCCUGGUGUGGGACCUGUCAGAUGCCCCAUCGCUGUCCCGAGCCCAGGGGCUGGUAAGCCCUGUGGUGGCGUGUGGACCCCAUGGGGCCUCCUUCCUGAAGCCUUGUAUCCUCACGUUCAAACACUGCGCCCAGCAGCCCAGCCAGGCUCGCACCUAUAGCAGCAACACUGCCCUGCUGGAUGCCAAGGUAUGGAGGCCGCUGGGGAGGCCGGGGACCCAUGCCUCCCGGGAUGAGUGUCGCAUCCACCUCUCCCACUUCAGCCUCUACACCUGUGUGCUGGAGGCACCUGUGGGGCGUGAAGCCCGCAAAUGGCUGCAGCUGGCAAUAUUCUGCUCACCGCUGGCACCAGGACAGUCUCACCUGCAGCUGCGUGUCUACUUCCUCAACAACACGCCCUGUGCCCUGCAGUGGGCCCUGACCAACGAGCAGCCCCAUGGUGGGCGCCUGCGUGGGCCCUGCCAGCUCUUCGACUUCACUGGGGCCAGGGGCGACCAGUGCCUGAAGCUCACUUACAUCUCAGAGGGUUGGGAGAAUGUGGAUGACAGCAGUUGCCAGCUGGUUCCCCAUCUCCACAUCUGGCAUGGAAAGUGCCCCUUCCGCUCCUUCUGCUUCCGGAGAAAAACAGCCAGUGAGAAUGAGGACUGCUCAGCCCUAGCCAAUGAGAUCAUUGUCACCAUGCACACCUUCCAGGAUGGCUUGGAGACCAAGUAUAUGGAAAUCCUCAGAUUCCAGGCGUCAGAGGAGGAGUCCUGGGCAGCACCACCUCCCGUCUCCCAGCCGCCCCCAUGCAAUAGGCUGCCCCCAGAGCUCUUUGAGCAGCUGCAGAUGUUGCUGGAGCCAAACAGCAUCACAGGCAAUGACUGGCGCAGACUGGCCUCCCACCUGGGGCUUUGCGGCAUGAAGAUCCGGUUCCUGUCCUGCCAGCGCAGCCCCGCAGCGGCCAUCCUGGAGUUGUUUGAGGAGCAGAACGGCAGCCUGCAGGAGUUGCACUACCUCAUGACUGUUAUGGAACGGCUGGACUGCGCCUCCGCCAUCCAGAACUACCUGAACGGGACACAGGGAGGCAGCCCUGGCCCCCAGCGCGGGGGCGCUCAGGAUAACCAGGGCCUGGAGAUGGACGAGAAGCUCUGAGCGCCGCCACGGGCAGGGCCGGGGAGGUGUGGGGGCGAGAGGGGUUGUCCCCCACACCUAAGAAGAACACAGCAGCUGUUCCUGGCCGUGCCCACCAGCCUUCCCUGAACCCUCUGACGGUGCCCGGGACGUCCGCGCCCGUCUUCCAGCAGUAAGACCGCCCUUCGGGUCGCAGACUGUCCCGCGUGCGGGUCCCCUCCUGGCCGGCAGAGGGCGCGGGAGCCCAGGAGAUGGCCUCAGCGUGGCCCGCCUGCCGAAACUGACCAGGGGACGGCCAGUGUCUCCGCGUGCACUUUAGGGCCCCUGAGGCCCCAAGUACUCAGCACUUAGGAAGACCCAGCACUGGGCUGGUGUCAUGAAGAAUACUGGAAUAUAGGAGGUAGGGUCUGGAGCCCUGCCAAGCACACAGUUCUUUCACGGGAGCCAAGUGCAAACUCUAAAACAGCCCUGCACUGUCUUUAGGGGAUUUGGGUGUGGCUUUAGGAGUCGAAAGGGGAAGAGCUGAGUGUGGGGUGGAGCAGCGAGGAUGCUUCACGGAGGAUGUUGGCGAGAGAGGAUUUGACUUGCAAGUGGUUUGGAGAUCUUUAAGUGCGAGUGGAGGAAGAGGGUGGCUGGACGUAGGGUAGGAGCGGAGAGUGGGCAUGGGAGCCCAGCCCUAUGGGUGAGACCCGGGUAGGACGAGGCUUCCCGGCCAGGCACGCUUGGCUGUCUGCCUCCGCCUCUACUAACUUCCUUUCUUUCUUUAUCCUCCCGCCUGGGCCUCGUCUUCCCCUCUCGCUGGCAUUAUCUCUAUCGAAAACAUGAAAGCUGAGUAGAAACUUCAAGAUGAUCAUUCUGGCCCAACCCUUUUAUCUCUUUAUCUCCAGCUGUGUGCGUUUUAAGUCUCUCUGACUUGGUUUUUCUGUCCCUGCCUCCCACAGUUGUUCCCUCUCUGCACCUGUUUCUGUUAUUCUCUCUCCCUUGUCUAAGAUCUUUUUGUCUUUGCUUAGUCUCUGUGGCCUGUCUUUGUGUGUUUCUUUCUCUGUCUGAAACCCCCAGUCUUUUCCCUUCAGGCAAGUGCCUCUAAACCAGUGUUAUGUAUCAAAGACUGUUGAAAGAGAGGGCUACUCUAGGUAUGGAUGGGUGGGGAUAUUUUCCCCAUGGAUUAAGAUCCAGUUUAGGGUCGGGAAAUAAAGGAUAGGGAUGAAAGAGCACCCCAUUCAGUCAGCAGAUACUUAUUCAGCACCUGGUGUUGUUAAUAUGUUCAAAGACAGGCAAACAGUCUCUCUGGCAACACAAUUUUCUUCUGUGUUUAAUUAAAAAAUAUUAAAACUUUUUAUCAAUGAUGAAUAAUAAAAUAUGAAAAUUGCCUUUCUUUGUUACUCACUGUAUUUUCCUCAGAUUGGCAAAUUUAGAUGUGAGUAGGAAUGAUUUGGUAAAAUGGCACCUAUGGGGAUGGGUUUGAGAGAAGCAUUUUAUAGGCUGUGCUUCCAGUAUGAAAAUUAUCUGAGCCCCGCAUGGUAAGUCAGGCAGGUUCACUUCCUUUUCUGUUAGAUGCAAGCCUGCAGAACCAGGCCUUUCCGUCCCUUCUGUGUUCCCCUAGCCCCACCCAUCCUUCCUACCCUUCUCAUCUGUCCUGCUUAUCCUACCGGGGGCUGCCAGUCAUGCCAGAUUGAUGCUCUGCCUUUUGCCCCUCCACUUAGCUCAGGACUGAACUGUGCAGUAGCCCAGCACUGUUUAGCCAAAGGCAUCAUUGUGUUCCUUCCUACCCUGAAUAAAUCAUUUUAAGGGUU